AUGGACGGCGACGAAGGUAAAACGUUUUAUGUUAUUAGAUUUUUAGACCAAUUUUUUGAAAAUUAUUGCAUCGAAAGACACUUGAACUGCCUUAUCAAUAUUUGUAUUUCCUUUAAUUCCAGAAUGCAAUUUUGAUCUUUGGUAUGAUAAGUAAGUUAGUCAAAUAUGACAUAAUUUUAUGUUAUGAAUAUUUCAUAUAUUUAAAAUUUUAAAUAAUAUAUAUGUACUCCGUUGAAAACCAAGUCUCAAAUGUAUUAGACCUCCCUACGUCAGGGAGGUCUCCGUCUGAAUGUUUUGUAGAAUUCUGAUCCACUUUUCCAUUUAAUAAAAUGUGUGUUCUAUACUAUAUAUACAUAUCAGUAACUUAUAAAAAGGAUUCAACAUCAACCAAUUUUGUAGUCCAUAAUUUUGGCGGAUUGGCUCCUUGGCUUUAGGAAUGCUUAUUAGCUAACACAUUAUUGGGGCUUGUAUAUUAGCGUCAUAAACGUCCGCGGAAAGGCUUCUUUUUAUUGGCAACUAUAUAAAGUACCAUGCUGUUCUGUCUUCCUGAAAUCAGUGAAGAAUGAAAUGUUUUUGUGGCCAGGGCUCGAAAUAGCGAGCUGCCAAUGGGCAAUAAUGGCCAAAAGCAGGCCAUAUUUUAGAAAUGGCAGGCAAAAACAAAUUUGUAAAAAGUAAUGGCAGGUGAAAUUUUAUAGAUAUAUUUAAUUUCAUUUGCUUACCACAACUCAUAUAUACUAGGUCAUAUUUAGGUGACUAAGUACGUUAAAACUGUUUAGACUGACAGGCCGUAUUUUUUCUCUCCUUCGAGCCCUGCUGUUGCAAAUUAAUUUCAGCUACAGGCCAUUCAAUUUAAUAUCCACACACCCCCUAUGGAUGAGAUCUGUCAAAUUUUAACCACUAAGAAAAAAAGAUCAAAGUGCUGACACAAAAAUUCCCUCAGAAAUUUGUAAAUUUUUCCCUUACCCCUCAGAAAAAUUGCAGAGAUAAAAGGAUGCCGACAGGUUUAACCCCUCAGAAAUGACUUUGGGGUCACCCUUCAGGAAAAUUCAUCUAAAAGGGGGGGGGCAUUAAACGGAAUCUCCCCCAACACCCUAGGGCUUAUAUUUGGAAGGCUGAGGGAGGUACAACUUAUUCAACAUGAAUCAUGAGAGAGUAAAGUAAAGAUUUUAAUUAGCAAUCACUGCAUAAAAAUGGUCCAUGCAGGUAAAUGCACUAAACAUGCUAUAUGUAGACAUUUUAAUUGACUGAAUGUUAAAUUAGUUACAUGUGGUUGGUUUACAUAUAUUUCCCAAUUCUUACCCUAUUUUAGAUAGCUAAUAGCCUAACGACAUAUCUUCUUUUUGAACUUCAGUCUUGGAAUUCUUAUUACUUGUGAAUUAUGAUAUUUUGUUACUGAUUAUUACUGGUUACUGUUAUCUGCCCAGUUAUUGGUAUUUUGGUGAUUUUAAUUUUGUGAAUCGACUUCAACGGAAAUUUUAUUCGUUGAGGAGUGGCAGAUAUGCAGUGUGAUUAAUUGUUUCAUUUGUAUAUAGUAAUUAGAAUCCCAUAGUUUGAAUUUUAUAACAUAUACUUCAAAAGGUUUAUAUGGAUAUAUUUUUUAAUUGCAUAAUAAUGCAAAUGUAAUAUUACAUAAUAAUAAUUAUGUAAUAUAAUUCAGAGUUCUUGAAGAGAAGAUGGAAAUAGGAAUAUGUGCUGCCAUAUAAUUUGUAGCUAUAUUUGUCCCAUUCACAGUAUGUGCGUCUUAUUUUUAGCGAUUAUCCAGAAUCAAGCACAGAUGAUGUGGAAGUGAGUAAUUUUUCCAAGAUUGUUUUGUCAUUGUUUUGUCAGCAGUACUCUCCGAAAUGUGCAGAUCUUAAUCCAUUUGUGUAUGGUUCUAAUGACUAAAACAAAAAUAUAAAUUUCCAGUUCCAAAAAUAUUGUCUUAAAUUGCACUUGUUGUUUUUCCAUUUACUGUUCCAGAAAAUGUUAGAAAUACACUCUAAAAGACUAUGAAAAUGCUAUUUCCGAUAAUCUACAGACUCCAAAAUUUGAAAAUGUCUCCAUGACCAUGAUUUGGAAAAUUGUGUAUGAAGUUCUAAAAUCUUGCUAACAAAACCCUGUUUCCUGUUCUUCAUGUAACUGAUGUUGUCUUCCAAUUUAUUUCAAGUGAUGUCUUUGAUAUACUGGUUAAUUUAUGAAAUUCCACAAUGUACAGUGCCACUUUCCACAGCAAAAUUCAUGGAUUCCAGGUAGUUGGGGAGGGGGGGCGUUCUGGACCAAUCUAUCCGAUCUCACAUGGUCACGUCUGUAGCAUUCACUUAGCUGCCUAAAUACCUACCCUCGUGCCUAACCCUGGUAGUGAUGUCUGAAAAUCAAGGAUAGAAAAAACCUGUUUUGUCUUUUUAGUUACAAUGUAAUAUAAUGCGUUACAGGCUACUCGUUACAUUUGUGAUAAUUUUAGCCUGUAAUUCAUUUUAUUUCUGAGAAGGAACGGAAAAAACGUAAUUAAUUACAAAACCGAGGAACCCAUUACUUUUGCGAACGAAAAAUUACAAAUUCCAUUUUUCAAAUUCCUCUUCUGGAAUUUGUAGUUACAGUUAAGAAAAUUCUGAGAAAAUAUGAUUCUAUUGAUUCAUUAAACCAUCAAAAUGACUUCAUUGACAAAUUAAAUGAAACUCGACCCUGUGAAUAUUAUGUCAUUUCAAGCUCAAAUAUAUUAAUGGUUUCGGUAUUAAAAAUAUAAUGCGUGUGGAGGUCUAAUUACCUAUUUUAAAAUUAAAUUAAUGUAAUCUGCAACGAUGAUUAUAAGAUGCAAUUUUUUCCUAAUUAUUCGCGUUUAUAGUACUUGUGUUUAAGAAUUUGUAUUGUACGUGUUCGUCUUUUUUUAGCGUUUGCUCUCAAGAAAGUCUCAUUCUAAGUUCCAAUACGUCAAAGUUUAUACAAUACAUAUAUUAUUCAGUUCACUCCCCAUUGCGGCUUUUCAGUGACCAAAGUUAUUUAUUUUCAGAACUUUAUAAUCAAUUCAAAUAUUAUUUGCCCACUCAUCAACAAAUUCAGAUAACAAAUUAACAGUCUUAACAUUGCAGACAUGUGGUAAUUGACAUUGUUUUUCCCUAGGACGGUAAUGCUGUGGAAAUAAUCACCAUUCCGGACAGCCCUAUUAAAAUAAAAAAGGCUGAAGUGCGACAACCUUGUCCACAGGUCCCCAUUAUUAUUGACGACUCCCCAAUCAAGAAGGAGUUGCCGAUUCUAGAAAAAGAUGGCGAUCGUUUUGACGGCAACCCUGUAAAACCAAUGUUGUUUCUCGGAAAGAGGACUUUAACUUCUGAUCAGAUCAUAUCACUACUGUUUAGCCCUGAUCCACAUAUGGUGUGUUCGAAACAGCCAUUGAAAGUGCAAAAAAACUGUGAAUUUUUGGUUGACUUACGACACAUAAGCUUAGAAGAUCUUAGGGCCGAUGGAAAUCCUCCCUAUGACAAGUAUGGAGGCUUCAGGAAGAAGAAUAUCCGUGUGGAAAAGAACAAAGAUGGAGGUUACGUGCUUUCCAAUGUAUCCUCAAAGGUGGAGACGAUCACCAGAAAUGAUCAGUAUGUUCUAAAUCGAAUCUAUCACACAAAAACAUUCGAAGACGAGAACGAUUUUCAUCGCAAGAUCAUCUACGUUUCCGACCAUAGCGGAAACAUUGUGAACAAUGUUGCCCUCGUUCAGUACUCGUUUGAACAUGAGGAAGUCGCUUUCGACCUCCAACCUCAUGGGAACUCAAAGAAAGGAAGAGGAGCGAGAGGCUUUACUCGCACGCAGCCAUCCACUCUGGCAACCCUCAAGGAGAAAUGUGCGACUCUUGGACCCAGGGAAGCUGUUCGGCAAUCGAAGGCCAGUUGUUGA